UAUAUAUUGUAUUUAUUUCGAGAAAGUUCAUUUCGAUUCAGAUACACUAUAAUGUUUCGAGGAGAUCUGACCAAUUUCGAACAGCACUUCUUGUUUUCGAAUCGGCUAGUUGCAUUAGUUAUAGGUCUACAUCCUAAUCGUAAUUUAAAUAAUCAAUUGUUUCUAGUUUGCUUGGUAACUAUUUACCUAUUCCCAAUAAUUGUGCAUCAGUUAUGUCAUCUGACUAUGUUAAAAUUGAACUUGCAAUCAUCUGUGAAAUUGCUGCAUAAAUUAUUCGUUACUCUUCUUCUGGUUCUUACUUACACUACUACUUACUUUUCAUUUAUAACAAUGAAAAAAAUUUUUGCACGCAUUAAAUGUGAUUAUCUGCAGUUUGCUGAUGAAAAGUUAUUGAACAUUAUAGAAAAGUAUACGAUACAAUCUCAAUUGCAUACUUUUAUUAUUGUUUCUUUUUUCAGUCUCUAUUUUAUUUCAAUGACGUUUCCAAGUAUUUUAAGUGUUCUUCUCUAUAUCUUUGGUGCGUUGGACGAUAAUCAAUUACUGUUACCUUUUACCGAAAAUGAUGGUUUAUUCGUAGGAGCUUUAUAUUACAAUUUGCUUAUUUAUCAACUAAUAGGAGCCAUUAUCCUAUUGAUGAUAGGUAGUUCGUGUUAUUCAAUAUAUUUGGUAUGUGUCCAACACGCGUGCUGCCAAUUAAGCCUGAUAAUUUUUAAAAUACGUGAACAAUUUAAAAUGAAUCAGAAACAUACGAAAACAAAUCGUAAUAGCAAAACACAUCUGGAUGAAUUUGAUUGGAUGAUCGACAUUAUAAAGCAUUAUAAAAAUGUUACGGAAUUUGUUCAGUUGAUGAACUGUUUUUCCGAGAUAACUUAUUUGAUUGCAGUUUUUUUUGCAACAAUCCUUAUUGUCUUCGAUUUUCUUUACAUGUAUCAAUUGUCGGAAAUAUUGCAUAGUCUAAUGGAAACAUUUGGAUGCAGUAUUAACAUUUUUGUAUCUAUAUUGAUUUUAUACCUUAACUUUUACAUUGGUCAAAACUUAUUGAAUCAUAGUGAAGAAGUUUUUGAUGAAUUAUGUAAAAUUCCGUUUUACAAUCUUUCUAUGGAAUCUCAAAAAUUGCUGUUAUUUAUGAUUAUGAGAAGUAUGAAGCCAUGCAUGCUUUCAAUCGGAAAAAUGUGCGUAUCAUCGAAUAAAAUUUUUGCUGGGGUACGUAGCUUCAUAUUAUUGGUUUUUAAUGCAUCACGUUAAUAACGAAUGUAUUAUUUUAGUUAAUCCAAAAAGCACUUUCUUUUGCGAUGGUUUAUUAUAAUGUUAAUUAAUUAAAAUUUAUCUUACAACUACAAUAAUUUGAGAUCCACUAUCGAAUAGCAAGAUUUUUAUAAAUUAUUGCUAUUUAAUUUUAUAGUUAUUAUUUAGUUUUCAUAAAAAAUCGGACAUACUCACAUGUAUUAAUUAAUAAAAUAAUAAUUAUAGUCAAAAUGUGGAUUAUGUAUUUCACGUAUUGUUGUUUGAUAUUAGUUUAUUUA